AUGUUCAGCUCAAGCAAAUCACAGACCAAUCAUAGCAUGCAGCGGCUUGAUAUCAUUGCAAAGCUGAACAUGCUAGCUCGAACUCAAUCCCCACGAAAGGUAUCCACGGUUAUCCUUCCAUCCAACAUCGAUCCACUAACUCUAUGUAUCGACCUCCCGUUCCUAGACACAAAUCCUUCCGAGUCCUCAUGCCAUGAUCCUCUCUUUACCAUCUGCAGUAACUCGAGUCCGACGUUCGAAGGCCUUGGCCUAGUUCAUAAUAAAGACUACUGGUGGGAAGCCGUGGGGCCAGCGAAACAAGAGUUUCAAGAUUUAGCAAAGGAUAUCACGAAACUGCUAGAUGAUUAUUGCAGCGGGCUUGACUCAGGGUGGCUAUGGUUCGGGGUUUACAUGAUUGGGAGCACCGAGGAAAAGGCAGUUCCAACAAUCAUGUUUCACUGUCAAGAAGAGGGUCCGAGAAAAAUGGCAAUGGAAGCUAUCAAGAGAAGUCAGAUCUUGAAGAAACACCCUGGGUUUAAAGCGGGGCAUAAGGCGUUUCCGCCCGGAAUCGACAAACUUAUUCAGCCGGCAACAGAUUCAAAAUCAUCAACUUCACCCCAUGCGCAGACCUUACUCGAGGAUAUAUUCUAUGAUCCCUCUGCUGGCCUCGCAUACUGCGGCCUGAAAGUUUACGUUAAAUUCGACGAUGGAUCGAUUCGUUCUGCUACGGCAAAUGCAGUAUGGGAUGGAAAUAACUUUGGAUACCUUUCCGUGGCCCACGUUCUGAUACCGGGUACUUUAAUAGAGCCCCAGAAAGGUACGAUAGACUGUGAUAGCGAUUACGAAAUCAUCGACGACACGGAAAGUGAAGAUGAUGAUGAAGAAGAUGUUGAUAUCACGUCUCGGGGAAGCAUCAGCUCAAAAGCGGAAGAUUCUGGAUCCGACAAGCGAUCAGAACGAAGUCGUCUUUCCCCCACUCCAGCUUCACAGACAACCCAGUCAGCCUCUCCUCAACUAUUUUCCAAAUCGGAGCAAUCACUGGAUCCCGCGAUUAUUCUUUCCAGUUCCCAGGCAUCACAGCAAACUCCAAGCCUCAAACCAGCCCAUUCCCCAGUACCUUCUAUUAGCAACCUCAAAAUGUUAGGCAAGGUAGUGAAGUCUUCUGUUGAUCAAGAUUGGGUUAUAAUCCGCAUUCUCGACAAGAAUGUACAUGACUUCCUUACAACCUCCCCUAAGCCUGACCUUCCAGACCUGGACCUCAUUUGUACAUCAAUAGCCCCCUCGUCUAAGGCUACCAGCGUGCUUGCCUAUACUCCUCAUGGUCGUAUACGCGGAACGCUGUCAGAAAGCCCACUUUAUAUGCGUCUUCCGUAUGGCCGUUCUUUCCAAGAGAUAUACAAAGUCAAUCUCGAUUUAUACCCCAAUGAGAGCCUACAGUCUGGCGACUGUGGCACCAACAUUAUCGAUAGUACUACGGGAACAUUCUACGGAUAUAUUGUUGCAGCUUCCGAAAAUACCGGAAUCGCAUACAUCAUGGCCGCCCACGAUGUCUACAGUAGCAUGAAAGGAAUCCUGAGAAAACCGCUAGUCCCUGCCUUCACGGGAGGCGACAUCAAGAGUCUUGAACAUUCCUUGGAGCAAGGUUCUUCUCCAUCUAUUCUGUCUAUUCCCGAGAUACCAUCUAUUAUCGUAACUCGCCACCAAGCCUCUUCGAACGUUCCGCUUAGCCCGAUAACUGAGCCCUCCAUAAAAUCGAGCAAAGAUGCCGGGGUCACAGCCCGUGGAACCUCCAAUCUUGAGCACGAUCGCAACAAUAUCAACGACGCACUAGAACCUAUCACUCAAGCUUCCUUAUUAGAUAACACUUCACUAGAAAUUGGUGGUGAGGAUACUUUCAUUGCGGAUCUGUCCCUCGCAGACCCGGAAACCGAACACCAGACGGAAUCUAGUAGCGACGCCAGUCAUUUUGAGACUUCGGGGGCAGAAGAUGGAAAACUCUGGAAGCGAAUAUCCCGCUAUGUCGGGUCCAAAGCUCCUUGGAUUUCUGGAUUAUCUGAAAAACCUAAGGCCCAGGAGAAUAUCUUUGAGUAUACCAUCAGAAGGAUUUGUCUACAGAUCAUGGCGGGCGGCGUUGUGCAUGAAAUAUUUGCAAAAGCGGCGUUUGACAGUCAUGAUUCUCAGAAUACGAUAUCGCCUUCCCUGUUAGCUUCUUAUGGCAAUGGUUCAGCCUGCAUCGACGCACGAUGGUCCUUUGCGAAACGCUCUCCUCGUGACAAAACGUUCAAUUUUGGGCCUAAACAUAUGGACGCUAGCUUUGAAAUGUCACCAUACAUAGAGCGCGACUAUGGCGAAGGCGUGGAAGUCACUAUUGGCAAGGAGACAAUGGAGAAGUACCAUCUCGUCGGGCCUGUCCAAAAUGGUCCGAUCUUAAUGCCUCUUAUACGGGAUGUAGCAGAUGUUGCAUUCAUGAGGAGUUCCCGUUCGCGACCCUUUGAUGCGCCUAAACUAGGCAAAGGGCUUCAGAAGGAUGGCGCGCGUCUAAGGAAAUCAUUAAAACAUGUGGAGGGUGUGACUUAUCAGAAAGUGAGAUGA